UCAGGUCGUGCAGCAGUGAGGGCGCUGGCUUAAGCUAGCUUUUCCUCACUUUCCUCCAGGCGAGCUAGGGACCAAUGGCGUCCGCCGCUGGUACUAGCGGAGCCAAUGCCAGCCUCGCCGACCCGCUGCUGGCCAGUGCCAGGAAGCCGGUCGGCGCGAAGGGCAAGUACUGGGAGGCAGCAGACAAGGAGGCGCGGCGCGCCGCCAAGGAGAGUGGCGGCGAGGACGGCAGGCCCCUGCUGUUCCGCACGUACAAGGUCAAAGGCGCCCUCCUGCACAUCUACAGGGCGCUGAUCUUCAUACGCCUAAUUGCCGUCCUCCUCUUCUUUGGAUGGCGCAUCAAGCACAACAACUCCGACAUCAUGUGGUUUUGGACAAUGUCUGUCGUCGGGGAUGUAUGGUUCGGGUUCUCCUGGCUGCUUAACCAGCUCCCAAAGUAUAACCCUGUCAAAACCAUACCUGAUAUUGCCGCCCUUAAGCGGCAAUACGAUCUCCCAGAUGGUACAUCUAGCCUCCCUGGCAUAGAUGUCUUUGUCACCACUGCUGACCCGAUUGAUGAGCCAAUACUAUACACCAUGAACUGUGUCCUCUCUAUCCUCGCUUCCGACUAUCCCGUUGAUAGGUACGCCUGCUAUCUCUCAGAUGAUAGCGGAGCACUAAUCCAAUAUGAGUCCUUUGUUGAGACCGCAAAGUUUUCUACUUUGUGGGUCCCAUUUUGCCGGAAGCAUUGCAUCGAGCCAAGAGCCCCGGAAACCUACUUUGAACUAGAGGCACCAUUGUACACUGGAACGGCGCCAGAGGAGUUCAAGAAUGAUUAUAGCAGUGUACACAGGGAGUAUGGUGAAUUUAAAGAGCGCUUAGACUCGCUGUCUAGUGCCAUUUCCAAGCGUUCCGAUCUUUACAAUAGCAUGAAGACCGAUCAAGGAGAUGCAAAGGCCACUUGGAUGGCAAAUGGGACGCAAUGGCCAGGAGCGUGGAUUGAUACAACAGAAAACCAUCGAAAAGGACAUCAUGCUGGCAUCGUUAAGGUUGUGUUGGACCAUCCGACCCGUGGGCACAAUCUUGGUUCACAAGCAAGCACCCACAGCCUCAACUUCACCAACACUGAUGUGCGCAUUCCGAUGCUUGUAUAUAUCUCUCGCGGAAAGAGCCCAAGCUAUGACCACAAUAAGAAAGCUGGUGCCUUGAAUGCGCAAUUGCGUGCCUCUGGACUACUCACCAAUGCACAAUUCAUCAUCAACUUCGACUGCGACCACUACAUCAACAACUCUCAAGCCCUGCGUGCAGCUAUCUGCUUCAUGCUAGAUCAACGAGAAGGUGAUAAUACUGCCUUCGUUCAGUUUCCUCAACGCUUCGACAAUGUUGAUCCGUCUGACCGGUAUGGAAACCACAACCGUGUCUUCUUUGAUGGCACAAUGCUUGCCCUCAAUGGUCUCCAAGGGCCAUCUUACCUCGGCACUGGUUGCAUGUUUCGCCGCAUUGCGCUCUAUGGCAUUGACCCACCUCAUUGCAGACAGGACAACAUCGUAGUUGAAGCUAGUAGGUUUGGUAGCUCCAUACUCUUCCUAGAUUCUGUGUCAAAAGCCAUAAACCAAGAAAGGUCUACCAUACCACCAACCCUCAGUGAAACAUUUCUAACAGAGAUGGAAACAGUUGUGUCAGCUUCACACGAUAAAGAGUCUGGGUGGGGCAAGGGCGUUGGGUACAUAUAUGACAUAGCCACAGAAGAUAUAGUUACUGGGUUUCGCAUCCACGGGCAAGGUUGGCGCUCCAUGUACUGUACAAUGGAGCGUGAUGCCUUCUGUGGCAUUGCACCAAUCAACUUGACAGAGCGCCUCCACCAAAUUGUGCGUUGGUCUGGUGGAUCUUUAGAAAUGUUCUUCUCACGCAAUAACCCACUCAUUGGCGGUGGUCGGCUCCGAAUCCUUCAGCGUGUCUCCUACCUCAACAUGACAGUCUACCCAGUCACAUCACUUUUCAUCCUACUCUACGCUCUCAGUCCAGUGAUGUGGCUAAUCCCUGACGAAGUAUAUAUUCAGAGGCCAUUCACCCAAUAUGUUGUGUACCUUCUCGUGAUCAUUCUGAUGAUUCAUAUAAUUGGAUGGCUCGAGAUAAAAUGGGCUGGAAUCACAUGGCUGGAUUACUGGAGGAACGAACAGUUCUUCAUGAUCGGGUCGACGAGCGCAUACCCAACAGCGGUGUUACACAUGGUGGUAAAUCUCCUCACAAAGAAGGGUAUACACUUCAGAGUUACUUCGAAGCAAACAGCCGCCGACACCAAUGACAAGUUUGCCGACUUGUAUGACAUGCGAUGGGUACCAAUGCUAAUCCCGACAGUAACCGUCUUGAUUGCCAAUGUUGGUGCCAUCGGUGUAGCCAUGGGUAAAACUGCAGUAUACAUGGGAGCGUGGACAAUUGCACAGAAGACACAUGCUGCACUGGGUCUGCUCUUCAAUGUGUGGAUCAUGGUGCUGCUCUAUCCGUUUGCAUUGGCCAUCAUGGGACGGUGGGCAAAGAGACCAGUCAUCCUAGUCGUCUUGUUGCCAGUUGCCUUUGUAAUAGUUUGCCUUGUAUAUGUCACUGUUCAUAUCUUACUUGGUGGGAUUGUUACAUUUUAGCUAGAUGAUACAGUAGAAACCAUUGUACUGUUUAGGUUCUGUAGUAAGAUGGGAACCAAUAUGUUCCUUAUAUCAAAUAAACCACUGUAAUGUUUCCACUUUGUAAUAAUUAAUAGAGAAUGGUUGUAAAUUUA